AUAGUCUGGGGUGUUAUUGGGCUUAAACUGGGACGGACUGGGGUCAUACUGGGAUACUCUGGGGUGUUACUGGGCUUGAACUGGGCUGGACUGGGGUAGUCUGGGGUGAUACUGGGCUGGACCGGGACGGACUGGGCUUGAACUGGGCUGGUCUGGGACAGUCUGGGGUGGUACUGGGAUAGUCUCGGGUGAUACUGGGACGGACUGGGCUUAAACUAGGCUGGACUGGGACAGUCUGGGGUCAUACUGGGCUGGACUGGGACAGACUGGGUGAUACUGGGCUGGACUGGGGUAGCCUGGGUUUGUGCUGGGCCCUGCUUGGCCGUGCUGGGCUCUGCUGGGUUGUACUGGGUUAUACUGGGCUGUAGGAGGCCAUACUGGGUUGUACUGGGUUGUACUGGGUUGUACUGGGUUAUACUGGGCCGUACUGGGCUGUACUGGGUUAUACUGGGGCCAUCCUGGCGCUUGAGGCCGUGGAUCAGCGCUGUCAUGGAGCGCUUCGUGCUGGGGAGCCGGGCAGCUCUGCAGGAUCACAUCCAGCAGCAGCGGGAGAUCCACGUGGUGAUGGGCAACGAGGCCUGUGACCUGGACUCCACCGUCUCCGCGCUGGCCCUGGCCUAUUUCCUUGCCCAGACCAGCCCGGCUCCCAGAGCCGCCUUCGUGCCCGUGCUGAACAUCCCCAGCGCCGACUUGGCGCUGCGGACGGAGACGACGUUCCUGCUGCGGGAGCGCGGCAUCCCGGCCACCUCGCUGGUCUUUCGGGAUGAGAUCGACCUGGGGGGGCUGCACCACGCUGGGCUGCUGUCUCUCACUCUGGUUGAUCACCACAUCCUGCCUGGUGCCGACGCUGCCCUGGAGGAGGCCGUGGUGGAGGUCCUGGAUCACCGGCCGCUGGAGCGGGCCCGAGGUCCCCCGUGCCAGGUGACAGUGGAGCCCGUGGGCUCCUGUGCCACCCUGGUGACCGAGAGGAUCCUGCAGGGCCCCCCGGGAGUGCUGGACAGAACCACGGCCGCGCUGCUGCACGCCACCAUCCUGCUGGACUGCAUCAACCUGAGCCCAGCUGCAGGCAAGGUGACCCCCAGGGACGUGGCCUGCGUGUCCCUGCUCGAGGAGAGGUUCCCAGAGCUGCCGGCCCGUGACGCCGUGUUCGGAGCCCUGCAGGCGGCCAAGUUUGAUGUCACAGGGCUGACAACAGAGCAGAUGCUGCGGAAGGACCUCAAAGUCAUCUCCAACGACGAGGCUGUCGUCGCCAUCAGCGGCGUCUUCGAGGACCUGGAAACCUUCCUGCUCCGGCCUGGCUUGCUGCAGGACCUGGAGGCUUUCUGCCAGGCCCGUGCCUACGCGGGGCUGGUGGCCAUGACCGUGUCCUUUAACGAACGCCACGAACCCACCCGAAAACUCGCGGUGUACAGCGCGCAGGAGCCCCUCCGUAGCACGCUGUGCCGGGCGCUGGAGGAGGCGAUGGCGCCGUCGCUGCUGCUGCGGCCGCUGCCCAGCCCCUGGCCCUGCGUGGCCGCCUACGCCCAGGGCAACACCGUGGACCGUAAGAAGGUGCUGCCCAUCCUCAGGGCAGCUCUGGGGGGUCUGGGGGCUGCAGGGGGCCCCGAGGAAGAGGUGGUGCCGCCGCCCACCCCCAUGAACAGCCUGGUGGAGGAGUGUCCCCUGGCACAGGCCGUGCCCCCGCUGUGUCCCCAGGAUGUCCUGGAGCGGGUCAGCCGCAUCGCCGCCGGGCAGCCCCCGGGCUCCCCGAAAUAACAGAGGCACCCCCGCGGAAUUUGAGGUCUGGAUGAGGAAGUUGGGGUCCCUGAGCAGGCCCCCGUGGGGUGCCUGGCUGUGGGGGGGUGGCAGCUGCCUUUGUUAGAGGUCAGCUCGUGGUUUGUCCCCCCUCCCAAUGGCUCCCUGUGCCCCAGUGGUCCCCAAGGCGGGGUUUUGGGGAUGCCAUGGGCAGGAGUUGCACCCCCUUGAUGAAGGCGUUGGGGUGGGGGAGUUAAUGAGUUCUUGAUGAUCUUCCUCCUUUGGGGGGCAGAGGGAGGCCCCAGAGGGUGGGUCCGGACACGCAGCCGUCCAGAACCGUCGCUGUUUUCUCCAAGGAUUAAAUUUCCCUUUUCUUCCA